UCCUGCCCCGCGGGCGUCCCGCACCAUGGCGCUGUCCUGGAGGAGCUGGCUGGCCAACGAGGGUAGCAAGCACCUCUUCCUGUUUUUCUGGCUCUCCCUCAAUGUAUGGCUCUUCGGGAAAACCUUCCUGCUUUAUAAUCAAGGUCUACAGUAUUAUUAUUUGCAUCAGAUGUUGGGGCUAGGAUUGUGUGUUAGCAGAGCUUCGGCAUCUGUCCUCAAUCUCAACUGCUGCCUCGUCCUGCUACCAAUGUGCCGUGUUCUCCUGGCCUUCCUGCGGGGAUCCCAGAAGGUUGCCAGCAAGAAAACCAGAAGGCUGCUAGAUAAAAGUAAAACUUUCCAUGUGACAUGCGGUAUUACAAUAUGCAUCUUUUCAGUCAUACAUGUUGCUGCUCAUCUGGUGAAUGCUCUUAACUUCUCUGAGAACUACAACGAAGAAUUUGUGACCCUAAAUGCAGCAAACUAUCGUGGUGAGGACCCGAGGAAACUACUUUUUGCAACUGUUCCAGGUCUGACUGGAGUCAUUAUGGUGUUAGUAUUAUUCCUAAUGUGCACAGCUUCCACGUAUGCCAUCAGGGUUUCAAACUAUGACAUCUUCUGGUAUACACACAACCUUUUCUUUGUCUUCUAUAUGCUGCUGAUGCUGCAUGUUUCUGGGGGAGUGCUCAAGUACCAGACCAACUUAGAGGAACACCCUCCUGGUUGCUUUAAUCCUAACAAAACGCUCCGACAGAAUCUGACUGUGCCAAAGGCUUUUGAAGAGCUGCUUCCUGACUAUACUACUGAGCCCUUCCCAGAGGACCUCCCAGUACCAGAACCCUUUGUACAAAAUAGCUUUGUGAGAGUUUGUUCCGAGGAGCCCAAGUUCCAGUCGCACUUCCCAGAGACCUGGUUCUGGAUUUCUGGACCUCUGUGCUUGUACUGUGUGGAGAGGCUGUACCGCUACAUCCGCAGCAAUAAACCAGUCACAAUAACCUCAGUAAUAAGCCACCCCUCCAAUGUCCUUGAAGUCAGGAUGAUGAAAGAUGACUUUGAAGCAAGGCCUGGUCAGUAUGUUAUUCUCCACUGUCCCAGAGUGUCCGCCCUGGAAAGCCAUCCAUUCACUCUUACAAUGUGCCCUACAGAUACCAAAGCAACGUUUGGAGUCCACCUAAAAGUAGUAGGAGACUGGACAGAAAGAUUUCGGGAUUUACUGCUUCUACAUUCUAAUCAAGAUACAGAGAUUCUGCCCAUCUUUCAGCAGAGGCGCUAUCCCAAACUGUAUGUGGAUGGACCUUUUGGAAGUCCCUUUGAGGAAUCCCUGAACUACGAGGUCAGCCUCUGCGUGGCUGGAGGUAUUGGAGUUACACCAUUUGCAUCCAUACUCAACACAUUGCUUGACGGCUGGAAAUGCUACAAGCUCAGAAGACUCUACUUCAUUUGGGUAUGCAGGGACAUUGAGUCUUUCCGCUGGUUUGCAGAUCUGCUCUGUAUGUUGCAUAACAAGCUUUGGCAGGAGAAUCGGCCAGACUAUAUAAAUAUCCAGCUGUACCUCAGUCAAACAGAUGGAAUACAGAAAAUAAUUGGGGAAAAAUAUCAAGCUUUAAACUCCAGGCUUUUGAUUGGACGACCCCGGUGGAAGCUCCUGUUCGAUGACAUAGCAAAGUGCAAUAGGAGGAAGACCAUUGGAGUUUUCUGUUGUGGACCAAACAAAAUCUCUAAGAUACUUCAUAAACUGAGCAACAGCAGCAACUCUUAUGGGACGAGGUUUGAGUACAAUAAAGAAUCCUUCAGCUGAAAGUCUUUUGGACUAGCAAGACUCUCUAGAAGAUAAAAGUGCAAUUUUUUGUUUGUACAAUAUAAAAGUUCAGCUGUGGUUUAAACAGACAGAAAUGUACCAAAGAAUAGCACAAAUGUUUUUAUUUAUGAUUAUUUAAGACUGAUGGAUGCAGCAGUAUACCAACAAAUAAUCAGUGCUUUUACUCAAAUGCACUCACACAAUAUUUGUGGUGGGAGUGAUUCUUCGGAUUUGUUUCUGUUAAUUAAAAAGUGCAGAAGCUGGGGAGAGACGCAAUUGCUUUAAAAACUGAUGGAAGAAGAAUCUGUGGAACAUUUGAACUUCUUCCACUUCAGUCCUCUGAGGCUGGAUCAGUAAAUGAAACCCCAGGUUAAUCCAAAUGGCAAAACAUAGUGUAUUACAAAGACUCUUGCUUUUGUUGGUAUACAAAUCUUAUGGCUUUGGGGUGAAAAUACUCCAUAUUAAAGAUUUUAUUAUACAUUGCAGAACUGGGAUUCUGUAUUUAAAAUAUAGAGUGUUACUCUUGCUAGUUUACUUCUGUAAUGAAGUUAACCUAAGGAAAAGUGAGCACAAUUUCGUAGCACCAGUGGGCAGCCUCUGCUGUGAUGCUAGUCACAGCCUCUUGGCAAGCACGCAUCUGUACGUGGAGAACUCUGUAUCUCGCAUCAGUUCAGCAUUCAAUGAGUUUGCAAAAUAAGUAUGAUUUAUGCAGCCAUAAAGAUGGAGCAAGAAAUGUGAUGAACAGGAGCAGACAAGACCUGAAGUUUUAUUACACCACACACUCAAUGUGGAAGUUGCACUCACUCCGCACUCAUGCCCUGAAUGUCAAAUACUUCCAGCUUUCAGAUGCUCUGACUGAUUAUUUUACAACACAGCAGGUUGAAAUCCAGUUUUAGAGUUCCCAGAGCAUGUUUGGUUGACUGUGAUCCUUUGAGUAUCUUCCCUGGAGCCACCCUUGUUCGCCCUGGUGCCACUGAAAGCAGGAUGAGACCAGAUCUACAGCAGGGUGAGGAUAAACCCCUCAGCUCUGUGGCUCCUUGGAUGAUGUGUGCAGAUAGAAACCUUACAGGAGCUGCAGUAUGCUUUUAGUAUGUUCCAGAGAGGAAGAUCUGAAACAUCCAAAUUUAAUCUCUCUUCCCCUUCUCCUCCCCACAGCUGUUUUCUGCCCGUAAUUGCCAUGGGAGAGCUAAAGGUUGAAACUGGUACUUCAUAACUUUUUGGUUCUGAGGAGCACCUUUUUUUCCCUGUCCAGAUAGCCAAUCCAACUUCCUUUAUUUCUUCUUUUCUCCCUUUUCCUUACUUUGUUGAGAUGAGGGCAUUUAAACAGGAAUCAGACAGCUGGCAUAAAUAGGCACCACUCUAGUGCCUCUUAAUAGAGCAGCAUCACUUCAACAUGCUGAAAACCUUCUCCUUGAUCUCCAGCAGGAGCUUGGGAGCAGUACAGAGUAGUGUUUGCAGCAUACACAGGCAGAGGCUGGCCUGAGAACUCUCGUGCCUGUGAUUCACCUGUAUCUAGGGCAGUGCAUUUGAUUUCAUUUACAUCUGUCCAAUGAAGACCUUUUUUAUUUUAGUGGGAAAGGCACUAAAUUUCUGCUCAGGACACAAACUCUGUACAGAAGUCUGCAAGUAUCAGUGUGAGUGUUCAGAGGGAAGCAUUUUUCUGGUAGGUGGUAUAUAGGCACAGUGUACGUGUAACUAGUGAGAAUGAGUUUGGUCUUUGCCUUGGCAGCUUCUGCUCAGGAGUUGCACUCAGUGAGCAACAGGGUGGAGGUGCAUCAGUGAAGCCACAUGGGAAUGUGUUCCUCAGUGUCCAGACUUGGCACUGAAGUCUUUGCCUCUGGCUCUGCCCAAUUUGAAAUUCAAGGAGGAAAGAAAGAACCAGAGAUAGACGAAUUCCUACUGAUGAGAAUUCUAGAAGUAGCCCAGAUGAGAGAAGCUAAAAUAGAAAUGCAGUGUGAGAUGGGAGCCUACAUUACAGCUACUGAUUUUAGAUUUUUUCUCUUUGAGGCUGGAAGGACCAUUAUUUUCCUACUGGAUCUCCUUCAUCCAUCACUGUAACUGGAGGUGUGCAGCAAAGGAUUAGGGUUUUUUUAAUCAGUAAGAUUUAUUUCUAAUACUCCCUGCAUAGAUGUUAUAAUAAACAUAAAACUGUUGGCAAAAUGCACAGAUACUGGAUAUUGUAGGUUGCGCGUACUUUGUUUCCUGGCUGUUAGUUUAAAGCAUGAUUGAAAUCAUGCCUGCCUCUGUUAUCCACAACUAGAAAGUGAUCUUUUCCUCUAGUUUUGGGAUCUAGUAUCUCAUGCUUUUUAAAUACAGUUUAGAGUCAUCUAAUCACUAUGUUGUUUGUGGUUUCCCAUCUCCUCUGACAGAUAUCGGCUCCAUUACCAUAUAAUGAGCAGCUAGUUUUGCAGUUAGCUCUGUGCUAAAGCAGAGUAUAUUUUCUGGCUCAGCUUCUGUAUAGGUAACACUUUAUAAUUAAAAUAGUAAUGCUAGUACUGUGCUCUUGUUCUGCAUUGUAGCAGGAGUUGAUGCUCCUUGUAGGCAUGUUAAACACAUGCUGUUACAUUAAGCAGUGCUGUCACAGCAAGAUCUAAGCAGAUCCAGGCUGUCCUCUCUCUCUCUGUGCUGUAUCUGACUCAGCUGACCCACCUGUAAAACAAGCUCGGGACUAUCUGCCUUUCUGGAGUGUUUUGAGGCUUAACUAAUGUUUUGGGAUCACUUUAAUGCGCAAGCAGUGAAAAGAUCUAAUUGCUAUGCAAAUAUACUUGUGUUUUGUUUUGGGUAAACCUUUCUGUUAUUGAUUUGACUAAUCGCUAGACCAGGUGAGGAAGAGUUUGAGGAAAGUCUAAAAGCUUCAGUUGCUUUUUUCUUUUCCUUGAGCUAUGCUUCUUUAAGAGAGGCAAAAGUUUUAAGCGUUGUUGAGUGACUGUGACUUGGCUACAGGAGUGGCAGAUAUUAUGAUAAACACAAUAUUUCUACAGGCUGUGUUGUCAUUGCUCUUUCUGAGUGUCUCUCCAGCUUGCAAAACAGAGUCAAGCCCUCUUUUAAACUCCAUUACUUUUUUCUCUGUAAGCCAAGUGUGUGUAAAAAUAUAACUCAGUGCCAGACAAGUAAGUGAAAGCUGACAGCACCCAAUUCCACAUUUGCAGAUCAACUGGAUUUACAUAAUUGAGCAUCACUUUGCACUUUAAACUGUGUCCUGUGAGUCUGUCAUAAGUGUCCUGCUGGCAGGGGAAGGAUCCUGCCCUGUAUUCUUCCAGUUUUCACUCAGUCUUUCACAAAGCUGCAGACCUCUCAGUGUUUGCUCAGCAGGAUCUUUGUGUUUUAUUCAUCAGAUUUGUUUCAGGACUCUUUUUUUUAGACCAGGAAUGUUUCCAUACUGUGAUGGGAAACCAAACCCUUUCCCUGCAACAAGAAUCCAGCCCUUGUGCAGCAGUGUGGGACUCGAGGCUUUACUCAGCUAACAGCAGGAUUAAUCAGAUGUAUCCAAGACCUAUUCCCACAUCACUGGGAUUACUUGUGUGAGUAAAUUCCCACUGCCACAACAAAGAACAGCAGAGAUGAGCCCUGAUGUUGUGUGGGAAGGCCUGGUGGGGAAUGACCUUCACCACUGAAGUCUGCAGAACAGCCUGUCCCUCCACAAUGAUUAUUCCAGCCCUGAGUUUGAAGCAACACUUCCCUGUUCCAGUAUGUGGUACUACUACUAGUGUGUGAGUUCUUCCUUGGUCUUUUUUCUGCUCUUCUAGAAGGCAGAACUGAAAGCAGUGUGAGGUCACAACAAACAAACAACCUGGUCUGGGAGAAGACACCUAGCUGAUGACUGCACUGCUUAGGAUAGAAAGUUUAAACCAAAUCUAUUUUUCUGCAAAAUGCUGAUUGUUUUGCCACAACAACAGUUGCUGUAAAGGAAGAAUAGAUAAACCUUCCCUCUGGAGACUUCUGCCUACACAGGCCUGUUGUAUAGAUGUGUGUGAAAGCACUGCACACCUCCUUAUUAUUAGGGUAUGCAAUGAUAGAACAAGGGUAAUGUAUUUGAACUGGAAGAGGGCAGAUUUAGUUCUGAUAUUAGGAAGGAGUUCUCUAUUGUGAGAGUGGUGAGGCCCUGGAAUGGGUUGUCCAAAGAAGUUGUGGCAUCCUUAAAAGUGUUCAAGACCAGGCAGGAUGGGGCUUUUAGAUCUGGAAGAUAUCCCUGCCCAUGGCUUGUGGGUUGGAACUAGACAAUCUUGAAGUUCCCUUCCAACCCAAACUGUUCUCUAACUCCGUGAUUCCAUGGUUCCUAUUACUUCAGUUUCCACUGCAUCCUGAUCUCUGGCUUGCUCGCUCAACUCUGAAUCCCUGUGGUUUUCUUUGAUUGCAGAUCUUCAUCUACCUUGUUUGCAGAUGUGUCUUGCAGGUGAGAGAAGUACUGCAUAUAUUGGCACCCAUGCACUGUCUGAUCUAAGCAUGGAGCAACCUGUGAGCAUUCUUCGCAGCCAGUGCAAGUGCAGGAUCUGCCUAUUUGCUGCUAAUGCCUCUGGUGCCUAGGUGGCAAAGAGAUUUGGAGCUGGCUGAGAGGGGGCAGAUAAUGCAAGGAGCAGAGCAGCCAUGUUGGGAACAGUAAUUCAGCUGUAACAGCCUAACAGCAUGGUUUGGUAGGACUUGGAGAAUGGCAGCCUAAGAGGAAAACCUCUACUCCACAUUUAAUGCACCAGGUUAUAGUUUCAAACCACAAGAUGUGGCUUAGGGGAAGCAGACAUGAGGCUAAAGAGUCAUUGCCUUAGCAGUUCAAGGACUAUAAGUCAGAGAAGAUAGUUAUUAAAAUUAAUAUUUUAAUAGUUAUUAAAAUACAGUGUUUACUUUUUUGAAAAAUAACAGACCUUCUAGGGAGAUUAAUUUUCACUUCAGCCUGGAAAUAAUUUCGUAAACUCGCCAGUUUGAUAUAAGAUAAGGUGGGUCUGUUCUUCUCUGGAUUAUGCAUCCAAUUUUUCUGCUGAUUUUCCACCCCUCACAAUUUAAACCAGUUUUUAUUGUUUUAGCAAAGAGGAUUUAACAACAAGGUUUAAUCAAAAUGCCAUUGGUGCCUGUGCUGAGCUGAGGUUUUCUGCUAUGAAUGUACAUUUUUCAGAUAUAUAUAUAUAUAUUACAUAGCUGAUGACUCAACUGUGAACAGUGAUUUGGGAUUUGCAUUGUUUCUGCUGCUGGUGUAUUUCAUUAAGGCCACUACAGUGAUGCACUGGCAAAAUGUAUGGAGCUGAAAUGAGACUCUUCAUUCCCAUAUAGAGCCUGGUAUUUUAGUGCCUGUACUAACCAUAGUAAAUCCUAGAAACACUGAAAUUUCCUUUGUAGGCACAGUAGAUUAAUUAGCAUAUUUUAAGGUUAAAAACCCUGAGUCCUCUGGUGGACUGGCAUGUAUAAUGAAUGCUCUGACACAAAGGUUUUGAGCAACAAAUGCUUCUCCUUAAAGGGCUGGAUAAGGAUGUGUGAAGGUUUAGUAUCCUGCUAAUUGUAUCACCCGUGUUGUAAGGGGGAUGGGAUCCGUUCUAGUACCGCCUCUGAUGUUAUGAAUAUCUCUAAACUUGCAGUGGAUCCUAAAGGUUUGCCAUACCUGAAGUGUUAUAUUCUCUAGAGGGAUCCUAUUUGUAAGACACAGGUGCUGGAUCUGUACUAAGAGCAGUGAAUCUGUCCCAUUAUUACAUGGGCGCAGAAAGAAAGCUGGAAAAGGCCACUUGUCCCGAUCAUAGAUUGCUUCUUAACAGAGCCCUUGGAUGAGGGGAUAGGCUGGUCCUGAAGCUCCAGGUAAACUGCUGUCAACCAAGGAGCAACCCAAGGAGGGCAGGAGAGGAUGAUGAAUGCCAACAAUAAACAGGGUAAAAUAUUUUCUACCUGGGAGCCAAGGGGAGGGAGGAGACAUUCUUCUUAGUUUCUCAAUUUUAGAAAUUAAAGCAAACCCCAUUUUCUAGAUGCAGAUACAGAGUCUCCCUGGGGGUUGAGAGCUAAAGUAUGCAAAGACAUUGCAUUUCUGUGCAGAACUCAAUGCUAAAGCCCAGAAGAAAACUAGUAUAUUUUAGCAAACACCCUGGAAAUAAGCAAUUUCUUUGAAGCAAGCCCUUUACUCUUUCAAGUUAACCUAUUUCUAAAAAACAUCUACCUCUAUUCUGCAGCUGUGGAAUUGGGAAAUAGCUUUACCUGGUAACUUCUUUUCACCAAAAUACUGGAGUGUAGAGUUCUCUGUGUCAGCUGUAAGUAGCUUUGACAGUUUGAUAAAUAAAUUUCAUGUUUGUUGCUGCUGACCCUAGGAAAGGACAGCCUUGAGGAUGAGAAGCAGUGUUACAUAAAUGUCUAGUGCACAUAGCAACGCUGAGCAGGGAGACGCUGCUGCAUCGCUUUUGGUGCACCAGUCACUCAUUAAAAUUCUGUCAUUGCAAGGUCACAUUGCUCAUCUCAUAUUCUGCAACCCUGGGGAAGAAAUUUGGAUGAGAGGUGGGGGAGGAAAAGCAAAAACUUCCUCCUUGUACAGUAACCAAGAAUGUAUUCAUCGACAGCAGGGCACUUAUUUUGAUUUCAAAAGAGCAUGCCAUUUCUUUUUCAGGGAUAACGGACUCCCUCCUGGUGCUGUGUCAUGGUGUUUGCAUGUUAGAAGUGUAACACAGGGAUAACGGGUGGCUUCCGAAUUGAAUAAAUAACGCCUCUGAGCUUUUGCUUCUCCCUUUAAUAGUCUGAGAGAAAUGCAAAAUACCAGAGAGCAUAUAGAGUGGACUGUGUCCCAAGCUGAACUCGGCACAGUCUGGUUAGGAAUGCUGCACAGCAGGUCUGCAAGCUGCUGGAGAGGCAAGGCCAAGGUUGUGGGUUUGAUCUCCGGAUGGGCCAUUCACUUAAAUGAUGAUCCUUGUGGGUCCCUUCCAGCUCAGACUAUUCUGUGAUUCUGGGUAAUUGUUUUAGGGAGAACACAUCAGUGAUAGAUGAUCUGCAGUCAGAAGCUGGCCAGGUCACCACACUGGCUGUCCCAUCUCUGAGCCAUGAUGAGUCAGAGCAAGUCCUACGUAUGCUUUGGCAAAGGGAGACUCAGGGGCUCUUGGACUGAGCCUGCAGGAUUAGACAAAAGGUGGUUUAGACAGAGCUGGACGAGCUUCCAGUGUGCACUUUCAAGCUUGGAGCUGUCAUACUUGAGGGUGAAUUGUGUAGGCAAUGAGCUGGUCUGACCUUUGAGUACAGUCACAGUUGUAUGGUUAGCUGAAGGUAUGGACAUACCCUGUGUAUUUCUCUAGCUUUGUAGAAGCAUAUUGCUAGGGACAGGGAAGCAGGUUAUGUUAUUGUACCUCAUUAGGUGUUAGAUGCUUGAAAGCAUGUACUGGCUAGAACAGAUGAGGAUGGUGAAUGCCAGCUUCCACCCACAACUGAAUAUACCCUGCCCAUGUUUGCAGCAGUGUUCAUCAGGAAUAAAUGGCAAAAUGUCAUCAGAGAAGGCACAAGUGCUGUAUUUUGCUUUUACUGGAUCAGAGCAACAUAAUUAGCUGUUAAUAGAUACUUGCUGUGAAUGUGAAGAUUCACCUAUGACAUUAUUCUUUUUGGCUGCUUAAGCUCUAGUAACUGUUUGAUACACACUUUUUGACAAAAACAUAAUGCCCCAAAGCUUAAAAACGUGGCUGAGAUGGAACUUGGCAAGGGAUCUCCUCCUGAUAGUGAAAUAUUGUCUGUGGGAGCUGGGUGCAUUUGUGCUUCAGUCAUCUUGGUCUGCUCCACCACCAUGGAUGAUUAGAGGGAGCUGAGCUUUCAGAUCCAUCUCUUCCUCUCUGUGUAUGACCUCAGCCUUCAUCUAGAGGUGUGUUUGAAUCUUUGGAUCAUUGGAUACAUCAUCACCCGUGUGUCCCAUAGUCCUUCUUUUGGGCUCUUCUUCCCUCCAUAGCACAAGAGGCUUCUUCCACCCUGUGUUUCCCAUAACUCAGGAAAAUGCCACUUUGGGAAAUGCAGAGGGCCUCAAUUUUAAUCACGGUAUACACCAACCUUUAUAAUGUUGCUGGUGUACACAAUCCAAUGGGGUUCUUGUGGUCACUUUGAUUAGCAUCAGGGAAAUGAGGGGUGCAGCAUCCCAAUGCUGGAGAUGCUUUUGGCAAUGACAGGAGGGGCAGUGCUACAAGGGCAGCUAUGUAGAAAAGGGGAAAACUCAUAGUAGCAAAGAUUAUGUCAUCUUCUGUAUGAGAAUUGGGGAUUUGGUUUUGUGAAAGUCAGAUCACUUGUGGCUACCACUGAAAUUAAGUCAUGCUUCUGCUUUCACAUGUAGGCAUUUCAGGAUGCUGGGCAGUGAUGGAAAGGGUUUCUUUUUUUCAAUUACAUUUGCUAUUUCCAUACAGCUCCGGCUUUAUUAAUUGCAUAUGAUUUCCUUCUUUCACUGAUUAAACAUUUCCUCGCCUGGUUUCUUUGCUUCUGGGAGCUUGAGAGCUCAUUGUUUAUAACAGGGAAAGAAUAAGUAUUGUGCUGUUAAGCAGACAACUCCCAACACAUAUGUUCAGCUCUGCCUCUUUGAGAGGGAGGCCCUGGUGCUGCUGUGAGUGCAGAAGGGCAGAGCUUUCACUUAGAUUCAGAUGUGACAAGGACCCUUUUCCAGGCUUCAUACAUUGAUGAAGCUCUGGGCUUAUUAAUUAGAUUUUUCUGAAACAGGUACCCUUAGUCCAAAUGUGCCAGGUUGUGAAACCCCUACUUCCACUGAGUUUUUCUCUCCUUGUGUUCAUUCUGAUCAUUUGCAGGAGGAAAUUUGAUGAAACACAUUUGGGUAAGAAAUGGUUCUCUUGGUCUGUGGUAGUUGAGAAGAAAAGUCAUAAUUGGGGUAUUGGCCCUCAAACUGGUGUCCAAAAAAGUAUUUUGAAUGGCCCAGCUAUAUUAGUUCCAUAAUGUUUAUAUGGGAAUUUCUUUCAAGAUCUAUGAUUUCACAUUGUUUUAUAUAAAUCUAAUUUCAUUUUCAGAAACAACCAAGCAAAAAAAUCCCAAAUAUCUUUUUUACAUCGAAAAUGCUCAUAUGUCAAAAACACGUCUGUUUUGAAAGAAUUCUUCCAAGAUUCUUAGAAGAAGAGUGGAAACUAGCUUGAAAAAACUCUUGUUUUCAAAUACCAAAGCAUUCUUUGGUUUUGUUUUUUUUUUCUUUCCAACCUUCAUUAAUGAAACAGUACAGUUCAAACUAAACAGUAGUACCACAGUCUGAGCUUCAGCAAUUUGGUAUCUUCCUUUUAAAGCAAGACCUCUCUCCAGGAUCAUGUCUACACUGUCAUCUGAACCUUCAGGACAAUGUCUGUAGCAGGUCUAGACUUGGGUUGCUUUGAGGAAGAAGACAUGAUCCAUUUUUGUCUUACUUUAGGUAGUUAUUUGGGACUCAAAAGCCAUGUGAGAGUUUGGUGUGGUAAACAAACAGGAACUGGAGCCACUGGUGCAAAUGUGAGUAUACUGAAAAGACUGUUAUCCCACUAGACAAGUUAAUUAAAAUCCAGUCUCAGGAAGGAAGAUGUGGGCCACAAAGAAAAUUCUUGCCAUACAUAAGAUUUGGAAAAAGGAGUAAACUUAUGUCAGCUUUCCAAUUUUUUUUUUUUUUAAAUGAGCCUUAGAAGUAAUUAUUAACAGUUAACAUGUAUAAUGUGAUAGAAAAAUUAAUGUCUUUUCUGUAGCUGUGGGUCUUGACUUUUUCACUUGUGACCACAUUCUUCCCUCACUCUUCCCUGUCCCAAAAGAAAGAGACCAGAAAAUUUGUUCUGAAUUUCCAAUUCUGUAAUUACAUAUCUUUUCCACUAGAGGUGAAAUAAAAAUAAUUUAUUAAAAAGGAAGGCAACAUUUACUUCUGAUAUCUCUGUACAAUGUACAAGAUAACCAUUUUGGAAAGUAUUCAUAUAAAUGUCCACAAUUUUGAGUACUCAAUGUUCUUUUCAGAGGCGCCUGUUUAUAUUAAUGUAAUUUCACUCUGUUCUUAUGUUUUUGUAGAUCAGGAUGUGGUACAAUUCUUUGAAGAGAAAUAUCUGCUUAGUUUCCAAGUGGAACAGAAAGCAAAAUUUGGUCCCAAACUUUCAUUUGUAAGUUUUUCACCCAAGCUUGACUUUAAGAAUAGUACUUAGUGGGUUUGUGUCUAUGACAAGUCUUGUCAUAUGAAACAGCCCAUUUUGUAGCCUCAGCUUGCUGGCCCCUGGCACAACAGAGGAAUUGUGUUUCACGGACUGGAAGGACUUAAAUAGGUCGCUUUUGUACCUGCAUGCCUGAUAAACCUUCAAAGAGUAAGCAAUAAGCGUUCUGACUCUUAGUUCCACUAAAAUGAAGGAAAAUUUUUACCAAUUAUCUCUAUAAUAAGGCAGAGCUAGAAAACGGAUAAUUAAAAAAAGUCCUGGAUUUUUAUUUUCUGUUUUAUUUGGGGUUUAUUUAUUCUUCUCUUUUUCAUGAGUCAUGUGCAGAACUCUUUUCCCAUAGUGUCCCUUUCUUAGUUACAGAGUGUUGUGAGGGUAGAUGAAAUCCAUUGGCUAAAAAAGGGCUCAGACAGGGAAGAACUCUUGAGUUUUAUCCCAUGUUCUUAUGGAGUCCCCCUACAAACUGGUCACUCUGUGUAGGAUUUUCAGUGUAACAUGAAGAAUUCAAGUUCACUGUCAUUUUUUUAUACCAAACUGCAUUAAGUUUUUUUCUAAAAUCCCAUCUUCUUUUUGACUACCAGUAAAAUGGGAACAGUCACACCAGAAAAGAGUUUAGAUUUGCCUGGAAAAUAGUCCUUCAUUUCAAAUUUGUUUAGUUAAAAUACAAAAUCCUGAUUGCAGUAUGGAAAGGAGCCUUCUUUCCCAAAAUACUCGUCUGAAUUAGCCAUUUUAUCUUAAUGGCAGUCCUGACAACUAAAGUAUUUGGCUGCUGAGUUCUUUUGCUGUUCAGAUGUUACUUUUACAUUCUAUUAGCAGAUCAUCUUAAUGUGAUUUUAUGUCUCUUAUUGUAUUUGACAAAGCACCAUAUGUUAAUACAUCAUGUAAUUAUGGCACUAUACUCUAAAGGUAUUUACUUUACAGGAAGCUUCAUGACUUUGGAAUAAACAACCAUUCCAAGACUGAGCAAAA